CUCAAUUUGAAUAACUUCCAGUUGACCUUACGUUUCAUUCAUAUUAAUUUUUUUUCCUAUAUAUUUGAAUUUAUCCUAAAUAAUGGCUGAUUUUAAAGUUGGAAUCAAUGGUUUUGGAAGAAUUGGCAGACUUGUGUUGCGUGCUUGUAUCGCACAAGGUGUUAAUGUGGUAGCCAUUAACGAUCCCUUUAUUCCUGCUGAUUAUAUGGUGUAUAUGUUUAAAUUCGAUUCAACUCAUGGACGUUUUAAGGGGGAAGUAUCACAUAAUGGUAAUAACCUGAUUGUAAAUGGAAAACAAAUCAGAGUGACAUGUGAAAAAGACCCAAAAACCAUAGAUUGGAAAUCUAUUGGAGCAAGUUAUGUUGUUGAAUCAACUGGAGUAUUUACUACUAUUGAUAAAUGCAAGGCUCACUUAGAUGCCGGAGCUGUUAAGGUAAUCAUCUCAGCCCCCUCUGCUGAUGCCCCAAUGUAUGUUAUGGGUGUCAAUGAGAACAAAUAUGAUGGAAGUGCUCAUAUUGUCAGCAAUGCAUCUUGCACUACCAAUUGCUUGGCUCCCCUUGUCAAAAUUAUUCAUGAAAGAUUCACCAUUAUUGAAGGACUCAUGACUACUGUUCAUGCUUACACUGCGACACAAAAAGUUCAGGAUGGGCCUAGUCAUAAGGAUUGGAGAGGUGGCAGAGGCGCCGCCCAAAACAUUAUCCCAUCCUCGACCGGUGCAGCCAAAGCUGUGGCGAAGGUUAUACCCGAGAUGGCAGGCAAGCUCACCGGCAUGGCUUUCCGAGUUCCGGUUCCGGAUGUUUCGGUUAUCGAUUUAACAGUCCGACUCGAAAAACCGGCCGAAAGUAUGGAGGUUAUUGGGGACACCAUCAAGGAUUACAUCCAGAACAAGGGCAUGGCACGUUACGUGGGGUACACCAACGAAGAGGUUGUGAAUUCUGAUUUCAUUGGCGACACGCAUUCGUGCAUCUAUGAUCACAAAGCUGGCAUUGCCUUGAACCCGCACUUUGUCAAAAUCAUUGCGUGGUAUGACAAUGAAUACGGGUACAGUAACAGGGUUGUUGACUUGAUCAAACAUAUGGCCGAAGUCGAUGCUAAAAAACACUAAAUAGUCGAAAUGCUAAAACAGGAAAAAAAGCCUAAAUUUACGUGUUCCUUAAAAACAAUUAUAUAUUUAUUUUUUUAAAAAAUUAUUUCAAGACAAAAAAACAUAAUCAGAUUAAUUAAUUAUACCUUUUUUUAUUUAAGUGUGAAAAAUAGGAAUUUUUUUUUAUUCUUUCGACGUUAUCAAGAAUAUUAUAAUUUAUAUGUGAAUUUUUUUUUUUAAAAGUGUUAUUUUUUUGGUUUUUUAAAUUAUAUACUCAUAAACUAGCUAAAUUAUUUGCAAUCAUGUUAUUAUUAUUUUUUUAAAAAAAAUCAAAUUUUAAUUAGCGAAUUUUAAAUUGUGAUCGUUCAAGAAUAUCAAAUAAAGUUAAAUGUCUAUAUA